UAAUUGAACUGCUAGCUCGACAAUUGUUUUGUUUUUUUGUUCUGUGGUUAAAAAACAAAGAAAUUAAAAGAUGCCGCGCCUUAUAAGCAGGCCUGAGCCUGCACCCACCUAUUCGAAUUUGGUUGGAUUUAUAUUCAUAUUCAAUCUCAUUGUUGGAACAGGCGCAUUGACUUUACCUGGAGUGUUUGCCAAGGCAGGAUGGAUGUUAAGUCUUAUAGUAAUUAUAUUAUUAGCCACGAUAAGUUAUAUGACAGUUACCUUCGUUAUUGAAGCUAUGGCUUGCGCGAAUGCUAUCAAGAAUUGGCAAACCCUUCAGGCACUACGUCACCAUAGUCGAAGCUCUGCAGAGAGCAGUGAAAAUGAUGAUGCCUUUGGAGGAUCUGACGACCAAGGAUCAGAUUUUAGAGAGCUCGAGCGGGUUCCUUUGACAAUUCAAAAUGCUGAAAAUCAUUAUUAUCAGUUGUCGCAUAAAUUUGAGUUGGGCGAAAUGGCGACGAUUUUUUUCAACGAAAUCGGCCGCAUCAUGUUUUUCUUGUGCCUGAUUGUUUAUCUCUAUGGAGACUUGAGUAUCUAUUCAGCUGCUGUAUCAAGGAGUCUCCGGGACGUUAUAUGUGACCAGACAAAUGCUACAGAUUCCCUCAAUUCGAGGCAGAUGUUUUGGCCUGGAGACUUCAGGAAUAAUUUAGUCCACGCGUGCUGGAAAGAGCACACAAUAUCACGAUUAAGCGUGUAUAGAGUUAUUUUAAUUGGAUUCACUCUCAUUUUUGGUCCUUUUGCUGCAUUCAGUAUUCAGAAAACCAAAUACUUGCAAAUUCUCACAGCGAUUUUCCGUUGGAUGGCGUUUACUCUGAUGAUCUGUAUAUCGUUGAAACUAUUGAUUGCAAGAGGACCCAGAGGCCACCCAGUAAGCUUUAAUGUGUAUGGUAUCCCCUCGCUGUUUGGCGCUUGUGUUUACUCUUUCAUGUGCCACCAUUCACUUCCUAGCCUAUUGGCGCCACUUAAGCAUAAGUUAAUGGUAUCGAAAAUACUUUCUUAUGAUUAUACUAUCAUUUGUGCUUUUUACAUAGUAUUAGCCAUGACAGGGAUAUUUGCAUUUGAAAGAAUUGAAGACCUCUACACACUAAACUUCCUUCCGUACGAUGAAGAGUACACAGACUUUGCGUCAGGUCUGUUAAUAGGCAUUGACUAUUUUCUGGCACUUUUCCCUAUUUUUACUUUGUCCACCAGUUUUCCCAUUAUUGCGGUAACACUGAAAAACAAUCUUCAAACACUCUUUCUAGACAUGUCUCGAUACGACACGUACAGUCCGUUCGUACGAAUACUCUUCCCUUUGUGUGCCAUUAUCCCACCGUUUUGUGUCACAUAUUUUACGGAAAGUUUGGCAAGUCUUGUGGCGUUCACAGGAAGCUAUGCGGGGACUGGAAUACAGUACAUUAUCCCUGUCUUUUUGGUUUAUUUCGCGCGACGCACUUGUUCCGAACUUCUGGGAAGUGGUAUUGUUAAUAGUUUCGAAAGUCCUUUUAAAUCCAGUGCUUGGUUGGUUUUCGUUUUUGUUUGGUCUAUUUUAUGCGUCUGUUUGGUAACCGUUAAUAUGGUUAGUUAAACGUGACUGGAGUCUAUCAGGUCUAUAUUUAACUUGCACCGCUAGAAGUUUUAAGAAACUACAUUUUAGUGAAUCAAAUUUCUUAAACAAAAUUUUACACAAUUUUCUUAUGUAGGUUUCUGUUAAACAUUUAUUUAUGUAAGUCAGUAUUGAAAUUGGCUGUGAAAUAAACGAAUUUCGAUUCUAUUAUCCAUAUUGUAUAGACAAUACUUUAUAUAAAAU